UCAAUAAAACUUUGUGCACUGACAGACACAACUUCCAGCACCCACCAGCUGGGCCAAAAUGGGAUUUACUAAAGCCAAUUUGCUCCUUCUUCUCUUGCUCAGCUCAGUGAAAGGAGACAUACUGGAUGACUAUUUAAGAACAGAUGGUGUUUGGAUACUUACUAGAAAUAAAGAGUUUUACAGUACAAAUAAUGAAAAAGAAUGUGCAGAGAAAUGUGAUGCUGAAAUAAAUUUUAAUUGCAGGGCCUUCCUAUUCACCAAGAAAAAGCUACAGUGUUUGACACUGGCUGAAAAUACCAAAACAACAGUUGUAUUCCACAGUGAAGAUGCAGUUCUCUAUGAAAAGAAAAUUUACCUUCUACAAUGUAAAAGAGGGAUUGGGGAGGACUACAGAGGAACAGAAGCCAAAACUUGGAGAGGUGUUCCAUGCCAGAAAUGGGCAGAAAAAUCACCCCACAAUCCAAACUUUACACCUGAAAAACACCCCAGAGCAGAGUUGGAGGAAAACUACUGUAGAAAUCCUGAUGGGGAUAUAAGAGGACCCUGGUGUUAUACAACAGAUCCUGCUACCAGAUUUGAUUACUGUAACAUUCCAGAGUGUGAGAGGCAGGUCAUGCAGACUGGAGAAGAUCCUACAGUCGAGUGCAUGGAGUGUAAUGGUGAAGAUUAUCAUGGAAAUGUUUCCAGAACAGAGUCUGGACUUGAGUGUCAGCGCUGGGAUGCCCAAGAACCUCAUAUGCAUGGAUAUACCCUGAAACACUUUCCAGGGAAGGACUUGAAAAUGAAUUACUGCCGUAAUCCAGAUGGUGAACUUCGGCCCUGGUGUUUCACCAUGAGCCCCACUAAGCGCUGGGAAUAUUGCAACAUUCCUCGUUGCACUGUGCAUCCACCAACCUCUGGCCUGGGCUCCCAGUGUAUUUCAGGGAAUGGAGAUGACUACCGAGGCAGAAUAGCCAUCACUGCAUCAGGAAACACCUGCCAGCAUUGGAACACACAGUUUCCUCACAAACAUGGCUGGAUUCCUGAUAGAUACCCCUGCAAGGGUUUAGAGGAAAACUACUGUAGAAACCCUAAUGGAGAGAAGAGGCCUUGGUGCUACACCAUCAACAGCAGUGUCCGGUGGGAAUACUGUGCAGUUCCCCAUUGUGAUGGGAUAGAACAAAGUGCUGAUGUGUCUACACAGGUAGUCUUGCCAGAGGAGUGCUAUCAAGGCAAAGGCCUGAAUUAUCGUGGCACAACUUCCAUCACUGUAUCAGGACGGAAAUGCCAAGCCUGGAGCUCCAAGUCUCCACAUGACCAUGGAAAGACCCCAGAAAAAUUCCCAAAUGCGGAUUUGAGGGAGAACUACUGUAGAAAUCCAGAUGGUGAUAGCCGCCCAUGGUGUUUCACCACAGACCCCAGCGUUCCAUGGGAGUACUGCAGUCUCAAGAGAUGUGAUGAUCAAACUGAGGAAGCCACGCCAAACGACCGCCCUGCAACAAUGGCACAAACUGUUGGCCUGAAUAUCCCCCCCAUGACAUCUGACUGCAUUAAUGGCAAUGGUAAAGACUACCGUGGCACAGUAGCAAAAACUGGAAAUGGCAGAACUUGUCAAGAGUGGAGUUCUCAGAGCCCUCAUAGCCACAAAUACUUCACUCCUCUGACUCAUCCAAGGGCAGGCCUGGAUAAAAAUUACUGCAGGAAUCCUGAUGGAGAUGUAAAUGGUCUUUGGUGCUUCACAACAGAUCCAGAAAAAAUAUGGGAGUACUGUGAAAUCCCGCGCUGCUCUUCUUCUGAGCAUGACUGUGGAAAAUUCUCAAUGAGAAGUGAGCGGACCUGUGAGCAGUACAGCAUGUGUGACGCAUCUCCAGGGUCUUGGCCUUGGCAUGUCAGUCUCAGGACAAGUACCAAUAUGCAUCAUUGUGCUGGCACUCUGAUACAUCCACAGUGGGUCCUUACUGCAGCUCAAUGCUUGCAAGAGUCAGUAGAGCCCUCUUCCUACAGGAUCUUUCUUGGAAUACAGAACCUAAAUGCAGAAGAGCCAUCCCUGCAAAUCCGAAGCGUUCACAAAUCACUGAAGGAACCCAGUGGAGCAGACACUGCUCUGCUAAAGCUGAACAGUCCUAUAACAAUUACUGACCGUGUAAAACCAGUUUGUUUGCCUGAAACAAGUCUGACGAUGGAAAGAAACUCUGUAUGCUUUCUAACUGCCUUUGCAAAAACAAAAGGUACUGAUACAGGCAAAAGAUUAAAAGACAUUGAAUUCCCCAUACUUGAGAACAGAAUGUGCUAUCGUCCUGGAUUUUUCAAUGGAAACAUAGAUAACCUCGAAUUUUGUGGUGGAUUCACUUUUGUAAGAGUACAUCACUGCGAGGCUGAAGUUGGAGGACCUCUAGUCUGCCAAAGAAAAGAUAGAUUUGUCCAAUAUGGAGUCACUUCUUGGGGACUGGACUGUACCCAGCCAUCAAAGCCCACUGUUUUUGUCCAAAUUCCUAGCUUUCUGUCUUGGAUCAAGAAUGUAAUGGUUACCCACUUGCAGAAGUCUGAACUUCAUGACCCAGGACGGUCCAUUCAAGCCUGUUUUCCUCAUCCAGCAUUCAACUCCUCCCUGCCUCAGGGGGAUCAGCAUGGGAGAAUCAUUAACUUAAUCUACCUGCACUGUUUGUUUGAUGCCUCUUCAACCCAGUGCAAGUCGAUAAAAACUUUGUGCACUGACAGACAACUUCCAGCGCCCGCCAGGUGGGCCAAAAUGGGAAUUAGCAAAGCCACUUUGCUCCUUCUUUUCUUGCUCAGCUCAGUGCAAGGAAGCAUACUAGACAGCUAUGUGAGGACAGAGGGAGCUUGGCUGCUUAACUCAAAGAAGCAAACUUAUAAGACAAGUAGUAAAGAAGAAUGUGCAGAGCAAUGUGAAACUGAAACUAAAUUUUCUUGCAGGGCCUUCUUAUUCACCAGUAAAGACCAACAGUGUAUAACAUUGGCUGAGAACACCAAAACAGCAGUGCUAUUCAGAAGAACAAAUGCAGUUCUUUAUGAAAAAAGAAUUUAUCUUCUAGAAUGCAAGGAAGGUAGAGGGAGCGAUUACAGAGGAACAGAAGCCAAAACUCAGAAGGGUGUGGAAUGCCAGAAGUGGGCUGAUACUGCACCCCAUAAACCUAAUUACACACCUGGAAAAUACCCUGACGCAGGGCUGGAGGAAAAUUACUGCAGAAAUCCUGAUAAUGAUGAAAAAGGACCCUGGUGUUACACAACAGAUCCUAAUACUAGAUUUGAUUACUGUAACAUCCCAGAAUGUGAAGUGGAGUGCAUGCACUGCAGUGGAGAAAACUAUCAUGGAGUAGUUGCAACAACAGCAUCUGGGCUUGAGUGCCAACGCUGGGACUCCCAGCAACCUCACUCUCAUGGAUACCUCCCUGAAAAUUUUCCAGAGAAAGAUCUGAAGAUGAAUUAUUGUCGUAACCCUGAUGGUGAACCUCGGCCCUGGUGUUUCACUACCAACCCGAACAAACGCUGGGAAUUUUGUGACAUUCCUCGUUGCACAACACCCCCACCUGUAUCUGCACCAGGGCGUCAGUGCUUGUCAGGAAGAGGAGAAGACUAUCGAGGCAAGAUAUCUGUUACUGAAUCAGGGAAUACCUGCCAGCACUGGAGUGCUCAGUUUCCUCACAGACAUGCUCGUACUCCUGAAAACUAUCCCUGCAAGAAUUUAGAGGAAAACUAUUGUAGAAACCCUGAUGGUGAGAAGAUGCCAUGGUGUUACACCACGAAUGCAACUGCUCGAUGGGAAUAUUGCACCAUCCCUUCCUGUGAUGGGAAAGAGCCAGACAGCCCUGCUGUUGAUCAGCCUGAACAAGCUCAAGCAACUGAGGAGUGCUACCAAGGCAAUGGUGUGAGUUAUCGUGGUACAGCUUCUUUCACUAUCACAGGGAAGAAAUGUCAAGCUUGGAACUCAAUGUCACCACAUCGUCACAAUAAAACUUCAGAACACUUCCCAAAUGCGGACCUGAGGCAGAAUUAUUGCAGAAACCCAGAUGCUGAUAGCCGCCCAUGGUGCUACACCACUGACCCAAGUGUGAGAUGGGAGUAUUGCAACCUGAAGAGAUGUAAUGACAAUGUACAGAUGACCCUACCAAAACCUCCUCAGACAACUCUGGAACCAAAUCCUGAUUGCAUUCAUUCAAAUGGUAUAGAUUAUCGUGGCACAGUAGCAAGAACUGGAAGGGGCCGGACUUGUCAAGAGUGGAGUUCUCAGACACCACAUAAACAUGACUACUUCACUCCAAGGACUCAUCCAAAAUCAGGCCUGGAAAAAAAUUAUUGCAGGAACCCUGAUGGAGAUGUGAAUGGACCUUGGUGCUACACAACUGACCCAAGAAAAGCCUGGGAGUACUGUGACAUUCCCAAGUGCCCUCCCACUCAGUAUGAAUGCGGAAAAGCCAAGACCAGACCAAAGCUAUGUGCUCAAAGGAUUGUUGCUGGGUGUAUUUCACAUCCACACUCCUGGCCCUGGCAAAUCAGUCUCCGGACAAGUUAUGGCUUGCAUUUCUGUGGGGGAACACUGAUAGACCCACAGUGGGUUCUUACUGCUGCUCACUGCUUAGAAAAGUCAUCACGGCCAUCCUCGUAUAAAGUAUACCUUGGAUUACACGAAGAAAGAGCAUUAGAAACAUCAGUGCAGAAAAGAGAUGUUGAGAAACUGUUCAAGGAGCCUCACAGGGCGGACAUUGCUCUACUAAAACUGAGGAGCCCAGCAAUCAUCACCGAUCAGGUAAUCCCUGUUUGCUUGCCGAAAGAAAAUGCUGUGUUAGGAGGAAGAGAGGAGUGCUAUGUUACAGGUUGGGGAGAUACAAAAGGAACUCCUGGUGAAGGCUACUUAAAGGAAACUGGCUUCCCUGUAAUUGAGAAUAAAAUAUGCAACCGCCCUGAAUUUUUGAAUGGGAGAGUCAAAAAACAUGAGCUCUGUGCUGGAAAUAUUCAUGGAGGCACAGAUACCUGCCAGGGAGACAGUGGAGGACCUCUAGUUUGUCUGGACCAAGAUAGAUUUGUCCAACAUGGAGUCACCUCUUGGGGCCUUGGCUGUGCUCAACCCAUGAAACCCGGAGUUUAUGUUCGAGUUUCUAAUUAUAUUCCUUGGAUUAAGAGCGUAAUGGAAAACAACUGAUCCUGGGUAUGGACUGCCCUCUCCUGGAAAGCAGUAUGCACAUUAGAAAUACCAGAUUACAAGUGCAAUAUUAAAGCUACAAUCAUUCCUAAAAAGCAAAAUAAAUAUGAUCAUCCAUUUAAAA